GAACUCACUUGUUUAAUUCCAUUAUUCUUCCAGUCUUCGCUAUCUGUUGGUGACAGUAGUGCGUGGAGACUUGCUUUUCAUGCGCGUUUUGUGUUACGCAUGUGGUGUGGGCGUUUUGGAUUAUUUUAUACCUAGGAGGUGAUGGGAUACGGCUCUGAAAUGAACGGGUGCGGUCAAGUAGUCAAAUAUGGGAUGUUUAUCUCUAAUUUGGUUAUAUUUUUUGGAGGAGUAACGGUAUUUGUUAUUGGAGUAUGGACGCUGAUAGACAAGUCUUUUAUCAACGACCUGCUCGGCACAAAUCUGUUCAUGGGUGCAGUCUACAUCCUGAUAGCUACUGGUGGUCUGGUGGCUAUUGUGUCGUUCUUCGGGUGUCUGGGAGCAGCUAAGGAGGUCAAAUGUAUGCUGCUCACGUACUUUAUCAUCGUAUUGAUCAUCUUUGUGGUGAUGCUGGUCGGAGGGAUCCUGGGAUACGUAUUCCGAGAGAAGGUGCGAUACUCCAUGGAACAAGAGAUGUACAGCAGCAUCAAGUUCUACAACGAGAAGAAGAGUCUAAGACGGGCUUGGGACGACACUCAGGAAAACCUACAUUGCUGUGGAGUGACCAGCUUCACUGACUGGAGAGGAAUCAUUCCUGAUAGUUGCUGCAGGGAGCUGGCAGGAAAGAAACUGCCUUGCAAGUCAUUUCAGUCUGAUGGCAACAUCUACACAGACGGUUGUUUGAGAGCCGCAGAAAUCUACGUCAAAGACCAUGCCUCGUUUCUGGGUGCUGCAGCCAUCAUCGUGUCUUGUCUAAUGAUCUUCGGCCUGAUCUUCGCUUUCAUACUAUUCAAAAUAAUAUGAACAGUUUGAAGAAUGUUUCAAUCAUUAAGUUCUUACUGCUAUAUUAGCCUAUAUUAAAAAAAAAAAUACUUGAACUAUCAACCUUCUAAAAGGCAGUCAAUUAUGUAUCACUUCAAAAUUUUUAUUUUAAGAUUAGUUGCCAUUUUAAAUCUAACAUUUCCUCACAACUGGUUUGACUAAUAAACAAUCAGUAUUGAAGUUAUUUUUAAUAAGUAAAAAUUGUAUUCAUCAGUUUUGUAUGUAAAUAUUUCCAGCCACUUGCGUACCGGUACAUAAUUUUCUCAGAGUCUUAUCUACUUUCCCACUUCAUAAAUUUGAAUUUAAUGUUUGUGAUGUAUUAUAUAACUGUAAAUAAGAUAUUUAUUGUAGUUAAUAAUAAUUGUAGAUUUUAUUGUACAAAGGACCAGAAUGUAGAGCAGCUUAAGUUUCCACUUACUUUUACAAAUGUAGGCCUAUAUUCCACAAACAAAUCAUGUUAAAUCAACUAAAAUUUGUCACCAUUAAAAAUUAUUCAGACAUUUUUUUAAUACCAAACUGUUAAUGGAGACUAUUCUGAAUUUUAAUUUUAAUUUGCUGAACAAGUUUUACAAACCCAAACAAUAUUUUAUUGGCCAAACUGAGUUUUUUUAUAUUAAGAUACACUUUAAAUUUAGUAUGUAAUAUUUUAUUUUUUAAAUUAGCUCUAGAAUGAUUUUGUUACCAUUGUAAUGUCUAUGAAUAAUGAAGCUGUUUUAAA